AUGACCAAGGGAGGGUGCUACGCGACGGUGGUGAGCUCAAAGGAGUGGUAUGGGAGGUCGGGGUUGGUCGUAAUCACAAAGAGAAGAGCUGGCGGUGAGCUAGGAUUCGAAGGAGGAGGGUGGAGGAGGCUGGGAAAGGUGAGGCAACUCCGAUGGUCGGAAGCCUCUUCUUGGCCGGUGGUGAAGAAAAACGGGAAGGGAAGAGAGAGGUGA